ACUCUGUUAUUAAUCAUUGAACCGGAAAAUGCUGACAAUAUGCAUAACUAGACUUGGUACUGUUCACUCCUGUAAAGUUUGGAUGAAAUUGCACCAGUACUUUAUGAGGAGUAGUCCGGACAAGCUUUUGUGUAUCUGGCAACACACAGAAAAAAACACCUUUUUAACAAAGGGCCAUAACUCGGCCAAAAAGCAUUCAACCGGAAAACCCGUGCAAUAUGUGCAAGGACUUGAGCUACAGAUCAAUCCUGUAAAGUUUCAUUGACAUUGCAUUCGUGGUAUAAGAGAAGUAGUCCGGACAAACUUUAAAAACAAGAGGGCCAUGAUGGCCCUGGAUCGCUCACCUGACACAACCCCAUCCAAGCAAUGUCUUAAACAAGCAUCAUGGCCAAGUUUGAUGACAACUGAGUCAAACAUGUGACCUCUAGUGUGUUAUAAAGAUUUUUUCAUAUUUGGGCAAAGUGACCUAAUUUUUGACCGGACACGACCCUUAUUAAAACUUGACCUAGAAAUCAUCAAAACAACCUUCCUGACCAAUUUCCAAGAAAUUUGGAUCAAAACUGCAGCCACUAGAGUGUUAAAAAGAUUUUUCUAUUUUUAGCUCCUGUGACCUAGUUUUUUAACUUGACAAGACCAAUCUUAGCACUUGACCCAGAAAUCAUCAAAACAACCUUCUUGACAAAUAUCCAGAAUAUUUAGAUGAAAACUGCAGCCUCUAGAGUGUUAACAAGCUUCUUUUUUUUUAGCUCCUGUGACCUAGUUUUUGACCUGAGAUAACCCAUCUUUGAACUUGACCUAGAAAUCAUCAAAACAACCUUCCUGAAAAAUUUCCAGAAUGUUUGGAUGAAAACUGCAACCAUUAGAGUGUUAACAAGCUUUUUCUAUUUUUAGCUCCUGUGACUUAGUUUUUGACCAGACAUGACCCAUCUUCGAACUUGACCUAGAAAUCAUCAAAACAACUUUCCUGACAAAUUUCCAGAAUAUUUGAAUAAAAAAUGCAGCCACUAGAGUGUUAACAAGCUUUUUCUAUUUUUAGCUCCUGUGACCUAGUUUUUGACCGGAGAUAUCCCAUCUUCGAACCUGACCUAGAAAUCAUCAAAACAACCUUCCUGACAAAUUUCCAAAAUAUUUGGAUGAAAACUGCACCCUCUAGAGUGUUAACAAGCUUUUUCUAUUUUUAGCUCCUGUGACCUAGUUUUUGACUGGACAUGACCCAUCUUCAAUCUUGACUUAGAUAUCAUCAAAACAACAUUCUUGACAAAUUUCCAGAAUAUUUAGAUGAAAACUGCAGCCACUAGAGUGUGAAACCUUUUCUUCUUUUAGCUCCUGUGACCUAGUUUUUGACCGGACAUGACCCAUCUUCAAACUUGACCUAGAUAUCAUCAAAACAACCUUCCUGACAAAUUUCCAGAAUAUUUGGAUGAAAACUGCAGCCUAGCAGUCUAGAGUGUUAACAAGCUUUUUCUAUUUUUAGCUCCUGUGACCUAGUUUUUGACCUGAGAUGACCCAUCUUUGAACUUGACCUAGAAAUCAUCAAAACAACUUUCCUGACAAAUUUCCAGAAUAUUUGGAUGAAAACUGCAGCCACUAGAGUGUUAACAAGCUUUUUCUAUUUUUAGCUCCUGUGACCUAGUUUUUGACCGGACAUGACCCAUCUUCGAACUUGACCUAGAUAUCAUCAAAACAACCUUCCUGACAUUCUGUCUAAGAAUAUUAAAAUAAAUGUUAAUCAAGUGAUAUCACUUUGCAUAAUUUUCUCCUGCUUUGAGUAAAUUUGAAAAACCUUUUUCAGGCUUGUUAAAAUGGCUUACAGACAACUCACCCCCAGACAAUUCACUCUCGGCCAUUUUUUCCAGACAAUUCACCCACCAGACAGUUCACCCCGCAUUAUUGGAAAAAUGACACAGACAAUUCACCCCCCAUUUCUUUAAAUUUAAUUUUGAUGAAAUUUAUCUUAAAAUUAGAAGAUGCAAUAAGAAAUUUGUUGUGUUUCUUUACUUAAUUGAUAUUUAUAAAAUAUUUAGUCAUAUUUAAAUUAGUUAUUAUAAUUUAUUUCUUAAAGAUAAUAUUUGUUACUAUGUGUUAAUAUUUUUUCAUAUUAUUUUACAUACAAACUAAAAAUUACAAAUUUAGCUUACAGACAACUCACCCCCAGACAAUUCACCCUCAGCCAUUUUUUGAGUUGUCUUGUUUCCGUUAAAAUUUGUAAGUUUGAUGGACAAAGCCUGAAUGUCUAUUACCAUAAAGAGUUUUUUGUGCAGACUGUUAUACACUGGAACUGAAUCUUCAAUGAUCAUAGUUCUAUUAUCUGUAUUGCAGAGAGCUACCAGGAAGACAGUAUAAAAAAGGAGGAAAGAUCAUUAAGGGAGUUUGUUAAUAUUACUUUACCACAGGAGGAUCCAAAGGACAUAAAGAAAAGAAUAAUUCAGUACAUUCGCGAUAAAGAUCAAAGUAAAGGCAUCGUUUGUGAGAGUGGGAAACAGACCAAAAAAACCCUUGAAGAAGGAAAAAAGACCACCAAAAGGGUAUGGGUAGGAAAGGAGGGCACCUAUAGCUUUGACAAGGAAAACCAGAAAAUUGACAAUGGAAUAUUCACAGAGGAAGAAACUGAUAGUGAUCAAUCAGACUCAUUGCUGUCACCCAUCAUGUCCAUGGAAAACAGAAUUAAAAAGACGAAAAAGGACCUUCAAAGGAUGGAAAAACCAACAAUGACAGCAGAUCUAGAAACAGGUAAAACAGAAAAGAAAUUAAAAGCUAAAAAAGCAAGAGAGAUGGAGAUGUCAAGGGCCCUUACGAACCAGGAGUCGUCUCUUGUUCUCCUGGAUGACUUACAAGCAGAGGAUGGCCCUAUACUGGAAAGAAUGAAAGAAAUGGAGAAAAAAAUAGAAAAUGUCAUAGAUAACCAACAACGGAUUAUUCAGCUCUUUAACUGCAGAUCAUGUUUGAAGAGUAUAUACAAGAAUCUAUCGCCAUCUGACAGAUUAAAUUGCAGUCAACCAGCUGUUAUUCAAAAGAUCAAACCACCAGCUGUGAUCCCUACUACAUGUACUAAGUCUACACCAAAGUUGGCAGACAAUAGUCCUGUGCAAGAUGUUUCGAUAGAAGAAAUUGAGGAGGAUGUGCCUUCAGCAUUAGAGGAAAUUGGCGCAGUUGGUGUUGAUGAGCUUGUGUACAUGGGAAGUCCCCAGUAUGGGAUAAAAGUCCCAUCUUCUCGAUUAAGUGCCAUAGAGAAGGCAAGUAGCAGUGCCGGGAAAUUGGCACUUGGGCUUCUUGAGCUGGUAAUAAACAAAGAAGAAUGUUCUACCCUGUCUAUUUAUGGACAAUCUAAAGGAAAGAUCGCAAUGGAUCUAAAUAAAAGAAAGGCUCUGAGAAGUCAUGUGUUCAACAGAUACAACAGUUCAGAAGCAGAAAAGGACAGAAUAUGGACCCAGGAAAUUGUAACAAAAUUGAAUGAUAAAAUAAGAGCAAUAAAAAAUAAUAAAUACAAAUUACAGAACUGAACAAUGGCUAGCUUUUCCCUAUCUUUCCUACAAAGUUUUGGGCCAGAUCCCCAAGAUUUUUUUUAUGUACCAUAAUUUUAGCCCAAAAAUUUCUUUAAUUUUGCCCUAAUUUUGUGUCAGAAGAUGCUGGACAGCCUGUCAUAGGAUAAAGUUAAGGAAAAAUGUUUAAACUCACAUGGUCAGUAGGGCACAUAGAGUUUGGACUCACUGCUGCUUGUUUGUAUGUUUAAUUGUAACUUUUACUUAUUUCAUCAAAAGAUUUGUUUGCUGUUUUUGUGUCUCACCCUAAUUUUUAGGUUUGCAAAUGAUAGAAAAGCCUAUGUUUAGCUCAUCACCUGUCACAAAGUGACAAGAUAAGCUUUUGUGAUUGCAUGAUGUCAAGUUCCCUUUGUUCAUUCUUCUGUUUAUCCAUAUAUCCCACUGGGAUAAUGGAAAAUCCCACUGGGGUGAGGAUGGAUCCCAGCUUAUAAGAUGAGGUGGAUGAUCCCACUUGGAUAGUUGUUGGAUCCCUCUUGGAUGAGAGGUAGGAUCAUACAGGGUUUUAAAUUGGUUGGAAUCUCACCAAGAUAGUGCUAGGAUUUCAAUUGGGAUCCACCAGAUUCCCAAAAUUUGGUCGGGAUCCUACCGGGAUAAGGGUUGGAUUCUCCCGGGAUAGUGGUGGGAUUUCAAUUGGCAUCCCACUGGGAAAUUUGGUCGGGAUCCCACUGGGAUGGUGAUGGGAUUUCAAUAGGAUCCCACUGGGAAUUUUGGUCGGGAUCCCAUUUGGAUAAGGGUGGGAUUUCAAUUGGGAUCCCAUCGGGAUCCCACUGGGAAAUUUGGUCGGGAUCCCACUGGGAUAAAGGUGGGAUUUCAAUUCGGAUCCCAGUGGGAAAUUUGGUCGGGAUCCCACUGGGAUAAGGGUGGGAUUUCAAUUGGGAUCCCAUCGGGAUCCCACUGGGAAAUUUGGUCGGGAUCCCACUGGGAUAAAGGUGGGAUUUCAAUUGGGAUCCCAUUGGGACCUAGUGGGAAAUUUGGUAGGGAUCCCACUGGGAUAAGGGUGGGAUCCCAUCGGGAUAGGGUGGGAUCCCGACCAAAAUUCCCGGUGGGUCCCAUUGGGAUCCCAAUUGAAAUCCCACUGGGAUUCCCAGUCAUUUUUUCAGUAGGGCAGUCUAGAGUGUUAACAAGCUUUUUCUAUUUUUAGCUCCUGUGACCUAGUUUUUGACCUGAGAUGACCCAUCUUUGAACUUGACCUAGAAAUCAUCAAAACAACUUUCCUGACAAAUUUCCAGAAUAUUUGGAUGAAAACUGCAGCCACUAGAGUGUUAACAAGCUUUUUCUAUUUUUAGCUCCUGUGACCUAGUUUUUGACCAGAGAUGGCCCAUCUUUGAACUUGACCUAGAUAUCAUCAAAACAACCUUCCUGACAAAUUUCCAGGAUAUUUGGAUGAAAACUGCAGCCUCUAGAGUGUUAACAAGCUUUUUCUAUUUUUAGCUCCUGUGACCUAGUUUUUGACCCGAGAUAACCCAUCUUCGAACUCGAUCUGUAUUUCAUUGUAACAAACAUUCUGACAAAGUUUGAUGAUGAUCCAAUCAAAACUGUGACUGCUAGACUGUUAACAACCCAAUUGUUGAAGACUCACGACGCAUUUCGACGGACACCGGACAUAGCCCCAUCACUAUACCUCACCUUGACCACUUCGUGGUCAGGUGAGCUAAAAAAAAGUCGAGCUAAAAAUGGAGCUAAAACAGCUGAAAGUAAAAGCAUCAAGUAAAAACAUACAUAACAUAUAUAUAAACAAACAAAAUAAAGGAAUGCAUUCUGCUCUUUUAACUCACCUGGAAUAUCUUACUUAAAAAAGAAAAGAAAGGUAUGUAAUUGAAUCUUGUGUUGCAGUGUUCUUUGUAACGUAUGACCAAAGACUGUACAUGCCGUAGGGCCAUUCUCCCUACCAAUGGUCAAAGUGAUUCAUGGACAGUUCCUUAUGGAAAACAGACAAGCACAUUGUCGGAUAACCACGGCCAAACCAUUAACAUUUAUCAGCCGUGGGUUUUUUUGCCGAUAAUUAGUUAAAUAGAGGUGUGUGAGGACAGCUAUUUCAUUGUUAAUACAAGCAAUUAUCAUAGUAUUGCAAGCAAUCCAUAAGUCCCCUACCGGUAAGAGCCCAAGCAACAUUCUGAAGGGCCAUUCACUUAGGUUCCUAUUUUAAGUAAAUUUGUUGAAAAAGUUCUUUAAAAGUGAUCACAGGAAACAGUUUUUAUGUACAGACAGACGGACUGAAAGACACUCUAAAGUUAUUUUUUAAACAUCCCUGUUAUCAAAAUAUAACAUUUUUAAAAUCCUAUCAAUCAUGAUUGUAGAAGUUGGAGUAAAAAUUACCAAUUUCUCAAAAAAAAGUCUAAGUUCAAAAGGGGCAUAAUUCUGGAAAUAGUCUUGCUAGAGUAUUGAACACUCACAAAAUUUAAUGUUGAGUGAUAGUAAGAAACAUUUAUAUGAAGUUUGAAGUAGAUACAUUCAGAAAAAGAAGUUAUUAAAAAAAAAAAACAAUGUUUUUUUCAUGAAAAUUUAAAGUUCAAGGGAGGUAAUUCUGAAAAAUUCUGUGCUAGAGUUGUAAACCUUGUCACAUAUGAUGUGGUUGAUG